CACGGACCGAACCUUUUGCACCACGGUUUAGAAAUAUAAUAUGUGUACCAAAUCCAAUUUAUUACUCUCUCGAUCAUGGCUCGGUUGCCAGUCCAUCAAUUUGGCAUAGUUUGGCAGACCUCGCUCAUUCCAAGACAAAAUCGUACCACGCUGUUGUUUCUGUUUAGAAAUCAUUCGAGCCACAUCAUGUAAAGAUUCGAGCUAGAAAUCGUUCUGCUCAUCGCCACGUGACAUUGCGAUAAGAUAACUUCUGCGAACUGCUGCCUGUCUUCUCGCCGCCAGUUCAUCUACAAUUGGGAAGACAGCAAGAAGGGAGGCCCUGAGGGGACUAUUUCUACAUGUCUAUUCUUAAAGAUGUGGCCUUCGCGUCAGGCCCUGUGCCCAACACUCUUCAGGCGUGUUUCUCGAAGCUGAAGGAGUCAGGCUCAACCCAAGGUACUCCAGGGAAACGACGGAAGUUGAAUACGGGGAUAUGGGAUUCUCAAAACACUGCCGCUCAAGACAUUGCGGCGUCUAUGUUUCCAGAGUAUUUGACUCUGGCGCAUAUAGAGUUGAAGAUUACAUUCUCCUCGCCGGCACUUGAUAUCCAUGCCAUCUCUUCGGAUUAUGAAGAUGGCACUCAGAUCAAAGUUCUAAUCUCGAAAUGGUAUCGUAUGGCAUCCACUCAGCCACAUGUGAAACAAUAUAAGAUCGAGCUUGAAACCAGUAGCUCGGAUGUCAUACUUCAAGAAAUCCUUGAUUUUCACACAGGGAAUCAUGACCUUCUUAUCCCAAUGAAUCUCCCUUCAAUCUAUCGGACGCGCUCAUCCCCGACUGCGCUCUCAAUGUCUACGCUGCGGAGGGUUGAAGACGACCAGCGUUCAUUUAUCCUGGAGACAAAGGUUUUCUGGAAAGACACCUUAAAGUUAGGCAAAAGAGGCGUGUGGCAGAAUGCAGCAUUCUCAACAUAUUUACCGGGAGCGCUGCAGGAGCAUCCUUCACAACCCUUCCGUCGGAACGAUUGGCGGCAGCGGCGUAUAAAAGAAAGUACCUGGACUCCUAGCGAAUUUUAUGACAGUGUUCACGUUCCUCCCAAAAAUCUGGAUUUGCCGCCAAGCGCCCUAGCAGACUUCAUUGAAUGUCAACUUUUCCCUUUCCAGCGGAGAGCAGUUCAGUGGCUACUCCAGAGAGAGGGUGUAGAGCUUCUUCCGGACGGCAGAACCCGAGAACGGCCGCUUCCCCCGGGCUCUAAUCUCCCCGACUCCUUUUCUCAGAUUAAAGAUGCGGAUGGACACAUCUGUUAUAUGAGCCAUCUUUUUUGGGUUUUGACCUCCGACCUUAAAGGGUUGAGUAGCACUAAGACGCUGAAAGGCGGUAUUCUUGCAGAAGAAAUGGGACUUGGCAAGACUGUGGAAAUGAUCACACUGAUCUCCCUGCACCGAAGGCCUGCUCCUGAGGCAGGGCUACCAAUUCUACGACAAUGGCCCGUUCUUACAGAAUCAGGUGCAACCUUGAUAAUCACUCCAAGUACUAUCCUUGACCAAUGGAAACAGGAAAUCUCAUCCCACGCUCCACAUCUUCGAUGUACAUAUUAUGAAGGUAUUAACCGCACAAAAAAGAGCUAUGAGCAAUUAGUGGAAAAACUAGCCUCCUGUGACGUGGUUCUCACGACCUACAAUGUCCUACAGAGAGAAAUACAUUACGCCGAGGAUCCGCCCGAUCGUUCACUACGCAGUGAGAAAAAAGUGAUUCCAAGAAAAUCUCCUCUGGUUAAAAUUUCUUGGUGGAGAGUUUGUAUUGACGAAGCUCAAAUGAUUGAAACGGGGGUAAGCCAUGCUGCAAGGGUGGCUAGGCUUAUUCCGCGGCACAACGCUUGGGCAGUGACAGGCACACCACUUCGAAAAGAUAUGAACGAUUUGCUUGGUCUACUCUCAUUUUUACGCAUUCACCCAUUAUGUGAUUGGUUGGAUGCCUGGGUUCGGCUGUACGAGAUCCAUAAACCCCUUUUUAAAGAAAUUAUUGGCCGCAUUGUCCUGCGCCAUAAUAAGGAUAUGAUACGCGAUGAAUUGAACUUGCCUCGGCAGAAACGUAUCGUUAUAACUAUUCCAUUCACAGCAGUGGAAGAACAACAUUACGAUCAGCUUUUUGAGCAAAUGUGCGAAGAGUGCGGAGUCGACGCGUUAGGAGCUCCGCGCACGGGAGAUUGGGACCCCAAUUCGAAAUCUACCAUUGAAACGAUGAGGCGCUGGCUAACAAGGCUUCGCCAGGCUUGUCUCCAUCCAGAAGUUGGUGGUGCCGGCCGCAAGGCUUUUGGAACGAGCAGUGGUCCACUUCGCUCGGUCACUGAGGUUCUGGAGGUAAUGAUUGACCAGAAUGAACUUCGAAUCCGUGCAGAAGAACGCUCACUCCUCCUGUCUCAAAUUCGCCGCGGCCAGCUGCUGGAGAAUGCUGGCCAACCAAAGGAGGCUUUGGAGUUAUGGCAAGCGGCUUUGGCGCUAGCAGAGGCUAACGUUAGGGAUUCUCGAGUUCAGCUCGAAAUUGAACGUAAGAAAGAGCAAAGCGCAGUGUCGGAAGUUGUGCAAAAUUCAUCAGAUGACGAGGAUGAUGUUGAGGAAGGGAAAGGGGAAAAAAAUACCAGAUUGACGACGUAUCGUGGCCGUCUCCGGAGCGCCUUGGAAAUUCAGCAUAUUUGCAAAUUUUUCAUUGCAAAUGCGUAUUACCAGAUCAAAACUAAUACAGAGCUCACAACUCCUGACUCGGAAGAGUUCUUCGCUCUUGAAAAGCUCGAGGUGGAGAACUACGAGGCAGCAAAGCUUAUUCGAAAGGAGAUGCUGGCGGAGACAGAUCAAAGGGUCAGUCGAUCUAUCCGACAGAUACAGGCGAACGUCAGUAGCAAAGGUCUUGUAAAAAUCCCCAAGAUGUCACCAAGGCUGGAUAUUAGUGGCAUGGAGAGUGGGCGACUUCUAGAUAAACUUGAAGACCUUUGCGAGGCUAUAAAUAAACUUACACAGCAGUUCAUUGAGUGGCGCACACAUUCUCUUAAGCUACUUUUGGAGCAACUGGUGGAUGAGGAAGACAAUAAUGCCAAGUUGGAGGGUGACGAGUACGAAUCUUCAACUCAACAUCAGGAUGAGAUGUACGUUUACAUGGAAGGGUUGCGCGCCCUAUUCGCUGACUAUCAUGACGCUAUCACGGGUCAAAAAAACACUUUGAUCGAAUACGACGUCAAGAAAGGGUUAGCACGGGCAAAUGAUGGAAAGGGCCCAUCGCCUAAACUUUACAUCUCAUUCAUGAAAACACGCGAAUGCCUGAAGCCCUCCGAUGAGCUUGGGUCGCUUCGCGGUAUCCUUACCGAAUUGCGGAGCCUUGCAGUGUCCCUCGAAUGGCAGGAAGCUCGGGGUAGUACCCGAGCACGAGCUGAACUUGGCAUAGUAAAUCGAAUCCUACAAGAUUCGAGCCAAAUUUCGUCGGAGCAAUCAAAGGUUUUGUCGGAUUUGGAGAAGGAGGUGCAGCUUUUCCACAACGUGAUGAAUCGGCGUUUGGAAUAUUAUAGGCAACUGCAGCAAAUCUCAGAUACUGUCGCGCCUUACGAUGAAGAGAGCAGAGGGAAGCCGCUUGAUAUUGCACUUUUUGACCGCAGUCUCAUGGCGGAACACAAAAUUGAGGAGAGAAUAUCAGCACUCAGGUCUAAAUAUCGGUAUCUUAUACACCUUCGAGACGAGUCUGGGGCUGAAGAGUCAGCAAGAAUAUGUGUCAUCUGCCAGUCGACGUUUGAAAUCGGUGUAUUGACCGUAUGUGGUCACAAAUACUGCAAGGACUGCCUCCGGUUCUGGUGGCGCCAACAUCGAACUUGUCCUAUGUGCAAAAUACGCCUGAAAUCCAACGAUUUCCAUCAAAUUACAUACAAGCCUACGGAAAUAGUUGCGCAGGAAGAAAGGGCGGCUGCUGCACACAUCGGGUCUGACCAUUCUCUCAAGAAUUCGAUAUAUUCGGAUAUUAGUUCAGGGGUGUUGAAGGAGAUCAGAAAUAUUGACGUUGAAGGCUCAUUUGGAACCAAAAUUGAUACCCUAGGUCGACAUCUGAUUUGGUUACGGCAACAUGAUCCUGGUGCGAAAUCCAUUGUCUUCUCGCAGUAUAAGCCUUUCCUGGGGAUUCUCGCGCGCGCCUUUUCGCAUUUCAAAAUUGGAUUUAGUAGUAUUGACAGCCAUGAUGGGGUUGAGAGGUUUAAAAGUGACCCUUCAAUCGAGUGCUUUCUCCUCCACGCGAAGGCUCAUGCCUCCGGGCUAAACCUUAUUGACGCCACUCAUGUUUUCCUCUGUGAGCCCUUAAUCAAUACUGCGAUUGAGCUGCAGGCCAUCGCGCGUGUUCAUCGUAUCGGGCAACAUCGCGAAACGACAGUUUGGAUGUAUCUCGUGUCUGAUUCUGUCGAGGAAUGUAUCUAUGAUAUUUCCGUGUCACGGCGCCUGGCUCAUAUUGCCCAAAAGCGCAAGCAGGAUGGGGAGAAAUUCCGGGGGGAGGAUUUGGAGAUGAGCGUUUCGGGAGGCGAAGAAAAUGGAGAUGGAGGUGCGUGUAUAGAGACAGUCAUUGAGGCUGCGAACUCUCUGGAACUGCAGGAUGCGAAGCUGGGGAAUCUGAUGGCGGGCACGGCGGCUGAAGGGGAGCGAGUUCCUGAGGGUGAUUUGUGGCAGUGUCUCUUUGCUAAGACGAGUAGGAGGGCGAAAUCGAUGGUGGAUGGAGGGAAUGUGGAGGCUAUGCGGAAUGAUGUUGAUCGGCUUUUGAGGGCUGAAGCGGCGGAGGAGAGGAUUGCGGAUGCUGGGGAUGGUGGUAAUGGAGAAGUUCUGGCGAGCGGCGAUGCCAGUGCUGUGUUGUAAAUAUGAAGUCUCAAUGUUUAUUUGUCGAGUUCCAGUUCUAUAACGAUACCAGAGAACUCGCAAUCCGUGGCCCAGAAUAUAGUGCAAAAUUUUUUUUUAGUUUUUUCUUUUUUCUUUUAGCUUUUGCAUCUAGCCCACCUUAUGUCAUACAUUUAUAUAUUUCUACUCCUUUGACGACCCUUAUAGAUAUUUGCAUUCGCGACAAUGUGUAUUGCAUUUACCAUCAUCGUUUCUUGUUCGAUUAACUGCGUACUUAUAUAGACUGGUCUUAUUCAGCCCUAAUCUGACACUAGUCCUAUUUGCGCAUAAGGUCUUGG